UCAUCGUCUUUCCUGAACGAGCUAGCCAGGAGGAGAGAUGCAGUUGUUAACUUCUCAGGAGCAGAGUUGUUUCAAAUGCAGCGCGGGACGUGCGGUGGCUUGAAUUAUGAACUGACCCUGUGACCACCAGUUCAUCGGAAAGCAAGGCUUUGCCAUGCCACAAUCUGUCUUGAAUACUCCAGCAAAAAUGCCAGGUAAAGGCAAAAAGGGAAAAGGCCGGGGGAAGGGCCGGGGUGGGAAGAAAGCAAAAAAGCCUGAAGUGGACAUCCUUCAUCCAGCUGCUAUGCUGAACCUGUAUUACAUCGCCCACAAUGUCGCUGACUGCCUACAAUUACGUGGCUUCCGCUGGCCUGGUGCUGGCAAGAAAAAGAAAGGAAAGAAGGCUUAACAAUAAAUGGAUGGAUGAAUAGAUGCCUAUAGAGCAUAUCUUCAUAACCAUGAAUUGUAACUAUAAAUCAAAGUGUGCAGAGAAGGGAUGCAACUGAAAGAGACACAGAAGCAGAUUAGACCUUACUGAAAACACCCUGAAGUGGACAAUUACUGCAGCUCUUGGAGUUAAGGAUAAAAGAAUUGAACUAUCACUUAACACUUGCGCCCAAAUGAAAAAUUAAAAAAAAAA